CAAUGUGGCCUCCCGGAGGUCCCGAGCGGGAGAAUCCAUCGCCGCGUAACCGCUCUUAGGGGCCAGCGGCGGUCUUCGCGCCCAGUUUCUAACGAAAGCGGGGCCCGGUCGAAGCCCUCCGCUUUGUUCCCACCUCCCACAUGACAAGGAAAGGAGCACCCCACCCGAACCCAGAUCCACCAACCAUACUAUUAUUAUUACCAGGUAACCCCACCACCUCUUUUUAUCUCCUUUCUCUAGGGUGAUUCCAGAGAUUCCAGGUCUCUGCUCGUUCUGAUCUUCCCCUCGGGAAGCAGACACAGCAAAUUCCCAAGGAGAAGGGGAGGGAUAGAUUUAGAGAAAGAAGAGAGGAGCAUUGGACUCUCUUCCUUUGCUCCCAAGGCUACUUAAUCUCGGAUACACUCUUCUGAAGAAAGAAUUGGAAGCGGGGAGGCAAAGCAGAACCAACUCUUUCAUCCUUCUGAUUCUUUUCUCACUCCGCAGUGUAGCCUAGCAUGUUGAAGUGAUUGCAAGCUGAGAAUCUGCCAAUCCCUCUCAGCUUCAGUUAAGGAAAUGGUGAUGGAAUUUUGUAUUACUAUCAUGAGAGCUGAUGGUGAGAUUCCUCUUUGCAUGCUAGGAACUUUAUAGUCAUGACUUCAACAAUGCAGACAGAUGAAGCAGCGCACGAGGAAAUCAGAGUAAUGGAGUAUGGUGCACAAGCAAGGAUUCAGCAUCACUUCUCAAAAUCAUCAAAGGAGAGAGAGUUGACCCCCAGACAAAUCAGGCAUAUAAAAAUGCGAGAGAAGGAGAAGGGCUUGAAAACUGCAAAGCUCAAUGCAAUGACAGGUUCGGAUCAGCAUGCUCCGAGUGUGGGCUCAGCCUCUUCUAUGCCCUCUGGGAGCUGUCAGAAGCCUUGGCCCGGUACGAAGGCAACUGGAGCUGAAGAGCUGGUCAAACACAUGUCAGAGGUUCCAAGUUAUCUCCAGCGCAUGGAGAGAAGAGGCAACAUUCAGGAGAAGGCACUGAAUUUCGGAGUUCUUGACUGGGGGCUUCUUGAGAAGUGGACAUACCAUCAGAAACAAAUGGCAAAUGAGAGAGGUGAAAAUAAUUCAUCAUCUAGUAGUAAUCAGUCCUCUUCAUUUUCUACAUUUGGAUCAUCUAUCCAAUCUCGUGGAAGCACGGGUAGCCCUAUUCCUCGAAGGAAGCAAUCUGCUUCUAGGAAAGCUCGUCGAAAUCCAUCUGUUAUGGGAAGUCAAACACAGCUGAUGGAGAAUAGAAGUUCUGAACAUGUCAUGGAUUUUCAGGAUCCAAUAACUUCGAACAUUAACUUUUCUUUUGGGCAUGACCAGCAUCUAGAUGCAGAUCGGGGUAGAGGUACCGAUUAUAUGAGGCGCAAGAAUUUAAAAGACAAGAGAAAAUAUUCGGGCUUCAAUGGCACAUCUCGUAACAUGUCCCUACCUCCAGACUUGAGCACUUCAUGUGCAACUUCCAAAGAUGAUGCUACCUCAGAAAUACUCAAGUCAGUAGAGGCUGAAGAUGGUAGAUCAAAGAAAGCAGGACAAAAGCAAGACCUAACUUUGUUUCAGAACAAGGAAUGCAUGUGGGAUCGUCUCGAACAGAGUGUUCAUGCGAGAUGUAGUAGCUUUGAGUCCUUGGUAUCUAAUGAUGGAAUGCCACCAGAAAAGCAUCGCAACAGUUUUUCAGGUUGCUCUCCCGAUGACAUCCAGUCCACCUAUCAAUCUCUUCACGUUCCCCAUUCAUGUCGACUCCCUUGCGGCAUUUUUACUGAUCUACCUGCAUCAGCCAGCAAAAUUCUGCGAGAAAAGAAAGUUCAGAUCACUAACCCAGAAGGCCAAAAUAGGAAACAUGGCCAAUUUAUUAGCAGUUCUUGUGACCAAUUUCAAGUUAAUGCGGAUGAUAAAUUAGGUCAAGCUGAAGAAAAGGCAACCACUGCAACAGGAAGAGAAUUGCCUGCCUGUUUGUCAAGUGCUGGUCCAACUUUUCUAAGCAGACGUUCAUGGGACGGUUCAUCUGUACAGCAAUCAAAAUCAAUUGCUUGUCCAGACAGGUCUGGUGGGGAUAAGGCAACUGAAAAUAACAAAGCUAGGCGCAGCCCAUUUAAGAGGAUAUUAGAUCCAUUCCUUAAGCCAAAGAACCACAUUUAUUUUUCUGGGCCAAUUGCAGCCUCAUCCAUUCAUAGCUCUCACGAGCUAAAUGAUGCUGGUAAGCCUCUGAUGAGGGAAGAAUUAGCAUUAUCAUAUGGGCAGGGCAACUCAUCCGAUACAGGCAUUAAUUUCAUUUGGCAGUCAAAGGGAAAUCUGAACUCCUCAAGUCAGGCGCCCAACGACGGCAGAGGGUCACGUAAAGAUGAGGGGAAAUUGGCUUCGACAAGGCAAGCUCUUUUGCAACUGGCUUGGAAGAAUGGACUGCCUCUGUUUAUGUUCUCAUCUAGUGAUAGUGAAAUUCUUGCAGCCACAAUGAGUAAGAAAAGCAUAGCUAAUGAAGACAACUGCAAAUGCGUUUAUACAAUAUUCUCUGUUCAUGAAGUUAAGAAGAAAAGUGGAGUGUGGAUUAACCCUACAAGAAAGACUAAGAAACAUGGGCUGCUCUCUAAUGUCGUUGGCCGGUUGAAGGUUUCAGGUUCCAUGCUGACCAGUUAUGAUUCCAAGAGCCACUCUGUUGUGAGAGAAUUUGUUUUGCUUGGUUCUGAGAUGGCACCAACAUCCCAUGAAUCUGCUGGUUCUGUGUGUAAUAAUGAGCUUGCGGCCAUAAUUGCCCAGGAUCCUCAAGAGAAGCCGGAAAGUUCUAGGGUUCAUUUAGUACAUAGCAGCAAAUGCAAGGACUCAUCACCAGUAAAUUCAGCAGAAAAUGUAUGUUCUUGUUGCCAGCAGAAAAUCAGUCUGCAGCUCGAUCAGAAUAAUGAUAAUUCAUCCCUACCUACAGUCAUAGCCAUACUUCCAAGUGGGGUUCAUGGCUUGUCGGAUGAAGGAGAACCCUCCCCUUUGAUCCAAAGAUGGAAAUCAGGCGGAACAUGCGAUUGUGGUGGUUGGGAUGAAGGUUGCAUGCUAACUACCCUGACUGCCAAUCAAGAAAAAAGGAGCUUGGAUUUAGUCCAAGCUAGUUGCACCACUGAUGGUACUCACCGAUUCGAAUUGUUCGUUCAGGGUGGGUCUCGUGAAAGCAAACAUGCCUUCAGUAUGGUUUCUUUCAAAGAGGGACUGUAUACAGUUGAUUUCAGGUCAUCUAUUGCUCUACUGCAGGCUUUUGCAAUUUGUAUAUCUAUCGUCCAUAGCAGGAAGUCUACCAUCCGCUCAGUGGAAGCAGAGACUUUACAGGAACAUAUAAUUGCUGAAAAUGCAAGGAAGGCGCCUGCAAGUUAUGUACCAAACCACCCACCUCUUUCCCCUGUUGGGAGAGCUUAAUUGCCCUGCCGAUCCGUCGAGCGAGAGGUAUAAUAUCUUGGCAUGCGCUUUGAAUUCUCUCUGCUACUUGCCAGUUAGUAGAUACGAUCAAGGGGACCUGCCUCCACGUAUAGCUGUUUCCCAUUUGCUGCAUCUGGGCAAUUCAAGCCCAUUGAGGCCGAAAUGUGGCCCACAAUGCUUGGCUCCAUGUUGCUGUUGUUAUAUGAAGGAAAAUGCUUCACCGCACCGCUUGUUUCCCCCACUCACAGGUCACAGGUCACAGCAACAUGGUGAUUAAUGGACCGAUCCAUAGGAUCCGCCUGUUAUUCACAUGAUGCGCAUACUGCAUCAGUCCUUGACUGCCAUAUGGACUGGUCCCGUGAGCGCGGAAAAAAGUGGUGCUGGGAAGCAGCACUCGUUAUAUCCAUGUGAACGGGAGUAGAAGAAUCUUCGUCUCAAACGGCUGUAAGGAAUCUUUGUACUAUAUCGCGUCUUUGGAAAAUAGUAGAAAAUAAUCUUUAUAUCAAAUGUUUUUUUCCGCCCUGUUGACGGUAAGGAUAUAAAGAAAGCCAAAGGCUCUCUCUUUACACAUGGCAAACACUUUGUUUUUAGGUUUCGAGGACAGAAUUGUAGUUGGUUCAUUUGUCCUUAAAGGCCAACCAAAUUUAGUUGGACUCCAGGCAUGCAAUAUAACGGCUUACAACUAUUGCGGUA